GUAAAGAAUGGCUAGAGUGCCUAGUUAAUAAGAAAAAAUCUACUCAUUUAAAAUUAUGUCCAUCCCUACAUUUUUGCAAAUAAAUAUAAUUUUUCUUUAAAUAUAUAUCUAUCUUUGGAUAUACGUUUACCUUUCUGGGUUUCCUCUCUUAUUUUUGCAGCCUUUGGUCACGCAGUUGGAGCAUAAAACGCUUUUCACGUUAAAUUUACUCUGCUUUCACGCCUCUGGCGAUUAAACUGGGUCAAAAUAUGUUUGAUCAACCCAUCUGUAACCGCUAAUGUGACGUGUUCAUUUAUAAAGUUUAUUGUUCGAAUCGGGCCGUUAGGCAGGGCGACUAGCGACUAGGAGACCGGUAGCAAGUGAAGGUUAUUGAUAAAUUAUUGUUUUUUUUUUUCUCACUUUAAUUCCCUCCCGCUUAGUCAUACAACUUCAUAGUUAAGUAGUGCUCUAGAUAACCUAAAAAUUUCAUACGUUUUAUCUUUGAAGUAGAUAAACUGGGUUCAUGAUAAAAUGCGUAUCUUCUAGAUCACUAACAGUUAGACGUCUACAAUAUGAUUUAAAAGACUGUAGUAACAAACAUUUUUUUUGUUCAUUUUAUCAACAAACCGUAUAACUUAACAUUUAAACAAAGUCGAAAAACAUGUUCAGCAACAUGAAACUCAAUUCACUAGUUAUAUUAAUGUUUGCAGUAACAAAUGCUUUCGUUAUAAAUUACAACUCAAUAUCAUCAAAUUUUAAUGGUGUAUAUGGUUAUCAUCGAAAUAUCGGCAUAAAACUGGCUGAGAAGAUAAAGAAGCAAGAAAGUGAAAUCAGCAUGCAGCGGAUUACUGGCGGAUUAGUGACGGAAAUCGAGGCUGUGCCUUAUCAGGCAGGUCUCAUCAUCUCCGUCCUCAACAAUCUUUCUAUAUGCGGUGGCUCUAUAAUUUCUGCCACUAAAGUCCUCACAGCCGCCCACUGCUAUGCUGAUGGCAGUUCAACAGCUGAAGCCAUACUGGUUGUCCUGGGCUCCAACCAACUUUUCUUUGGAGGCACAAGGGUAGAUGCAGUAGACGUGGUUGCCCAUUCUGGAUUUAAUCCCGUAACAGCAGAAAAUGACAUCGCCGUUAUACGAGUGCCAAGUGUCGUAUGUUCUUGUAAGCGUUUUCUCAAAAUAUUUAUUUUAUCUACAUUUCUCCGAAAAGUAAGUAAAAUAUGUUUAGUAAUAAACGGAAUACUAAAGUUUGCUCUUACUCGUAUUUUAAAAUUUCCAGCGCAGAUCCAACCAGUGGCCCUUCCUUCGGGCGAAGUAAAUAUGGAUUUCACUGGAUACCAGGCGCUUGCCUCAGGGUACGGGAUGACGAGCGACGCUGAAGACGUAGAGUUACUCCAAACUGUCAGUUCAGUGACAGUGCCUGUGAUCAGUAACGCGGAAUGUGCAGCAGUAUACGGAGGUUUCAUUCUAAGCCAGCACAUCUGCACAGGCGGUGUGGGUGGUAGGGGUACAUGCGGUGGUGACUCGGGAGGUCCGUUGGUGGUAAACCUUGACUCCAGGAUUGUUUUGGUUGGCAUAACAUCUUUCGGAGCCGAAUUGUGUACGUUAUCGUACCCGUCCGCGUAUGUCCGAGUAACUGAGUUCUUGGAUUGGAUAUCAGCACAGAUGGACUAAGGUGUUACGUAUUUACAAAUACUGAUUCGAUAUUUAUAAAUAUCUCGUAAAUAAGUGCUAUACAAUAAAAGGAAGAGAAAAAACUUAU